GUGCGCCGGUGCACCGCGGUGAUGGUAAACAGUUGUUUGGGUUGAAUGUCGGAUGUAUACAGUACUUUGAUGCAAUAAUAGUUUGUGGGAAGAGCUGGGCGGCAAGGUUACUAUAAAUUGAAAGCAGGAAUGAUGUUGUAUGUAGAGAGUCUAUUGAACUCAAAACCAACGCUAUUAGUAUUAAAAUAGCUGGACAAUUGUAGGUAAGAAUGGCACGAUUACCUACACCAUGUCAACUGAAUUAUGACCGAGACCUUCCAUCACCGCUUAUGCAGAGUGUGCGAACCACCCAGCCUAGGUAUGGCCGUCUACCUUCCAAGAACGGUAGGUCUGGGCCUAGAACCACCCUUGGCUUUUCACGUCUACCCUAUGAAAAGCACACGAACAACAGCAAUGACAUUGAAACAACUCCAUACCGCUACAGCUCAGCCAGUUUUCCAUCCCCAAUAAGAGACAAUCCGCCUCAAGUCGAGUUGCCAAAUGCCCUGUCCAGGGAUGUUUUGGAACAACUGUACAACUGUGAAAGACUUACUGGUACAUCAUAUUCUCUACCGGUGCUACGAAGUAGAAGUGGCAUUGAGACAAGUCACACGGUGAAUGCCCAACAUCUCGAUGAACCUACAUGGAACCGGUGUCUAAAUGCAUGGGUUGGUGGUAAACCUACCUGUCACCAUGCUCAUUAUGUCAAGAUUGCUGGACCCAUGAAUUUAAACAAUCGAGGGAUAUUUCACUUUGUGAGGGAGUAUGAUAGGCUGCCUCCAGUGCCAUGUGAACGGUUUCAUGAUCACAUGCAUCAAAGAAGGUUUCCAAAACCAACACCUGAAAAAAUGAAGAAAACUCUGGAAAAGCCUAAAUUUUGGGAGUGGAAAGGUAGAAGGCAUGGAACAGAGCCAGUUAUACCAACAUUUUCAAAAACAAAGCCACCUUUACCAGAUAGUCGCUCACUCACAUGUUUAUGUCCUUACUCCACACGGGGGAGAAUCUCUAUACCUAUUUCGGUAGGUGCACCUGUUUCACCAGACAUUUUAAGUGCAGGUUCAUGCCGAAGCGAUGUACCUGACUUCUCUCCACAAUCAUUCUUCUCUGAGUUUUCGUCUUUGUCACCGUUUUCAUCUUUAGGAAAUCCUGUUUCACCAGCCGAGAGCAGAGUGUCUAAUAACAGUCUAACAUCAGUAACAAGUGGUAUCGUAUCCUGUGAAAGUUAUCCAUCAACUCUCGUGCCUGAACCUGUUCCACCAAGACUUUUCUACCUCCCAGCUGCUCCCCGACUCCCAUCUGUUGUCCCCUGGGAAAGAGAAGAUGACUGGGGGAAUGACAUAAGCGUUUUCAAUGGUGAAUGUGUUAUCAUUCCGAGGGCAGUUUAUAAAUCAGUUCGAUCCUGCUGUACCAUGUUGGAGCACCCAUUUCUGCUUGAACAAGUAACUGUUCUCACACAUAAAAGCUUGAAUUCCUGGUCUGGGCAUAUUAAUCUACCUGUUGAACAAAUAUUGGUUCCACCACACCCAUUGAUCAGCAGCAAUAUGGUCAAAAUUAAUGGCGUGGACCGUGUGACCAUUGAACAGGCACCAUUGCAUCAUAAACUACCAAAUCUUCCUCCUGCACCUCCACCAAAAGUUGCAACUCCAGAAGUCAAACUCCCACCAAUGGCACCAGCUAAACCAAAGACGCCACCUCCAAAGAGUAUAGAACUGCCACGGAAGAGGAAAGAAAUUAUAAAGAAGCAAAAACCAGUGAUACGUAAAGUAGUUAAGAAUGCUGAUGUAGCAAAACCAAGCACACCUCAACCAACCAAUCCAGUUGAAUUGCCAUUGGUCGUAGAGCAAGAUGAAGAGUCUCCUCAACCAGUGCCUCAGCAACCAUUACCUACUCCAAUUCCAGAGCCACAGUUACCAGAAAUUAUUCCUAUUGAAUGCCCAGAUACACCAGUACGUACCCCAACACCACCCCCAAAGACACAGUCGCCCUCCACAGAACCUGCAAAACAUAAACCAUUAGGAAUGCCAGAAAUUGAUCCGUCUAUUGGCCUUGAAUUGGAACGGCAACGAAGAGCUGAUGAAAGACGACGGAAAGCUUUGUUAAUGUACGAGAAUUUGAAAAAGAGGAAACAAGUUUUACACGAAAAUCCACAGAUUUCUCUAACCCUAAUGGAUUCUGGCUGGCUGGCUCAGUUUUGCAUCAUCAAAAGGGAAAAAGAGGAUCUGUAUCGACGGGCCUUUGAAUCAGUUGAUGAGGAUAGUGAUGGGUUUCUGACGUGCCAGGAAAUGCUGCUUGCGCUGAAGACCGUGUCGAGCGUCAACAGCUUAUCGGAUGCUGAGGAAGAGUAUGUGUAUCGGGUAUUGGAACUGGCAGGGUACACUGUGCUAAAUGGAGCAGACUUCAAACUGUUUUCAGUGGUAGCUGCACUAACUCAAAAGAUAGCAUCUAUUGAUAACUGGAUGAAGAAUUUGAUUCAAAGGAUGGACUUUAAAAUGCUCGACAUGAAAGUCUUUAGAGCUAAGGAAUUGUUCCUAUGGAAUGUUGAUGAAGCAACCAAUCAGCUGUCUUUAGAACGUUUAAUGAUCGAGUUGAAAGCCGGUGGUGUUAGUCAAGAACACCAAGACGAGGUUAAAGCAAAACUUGGCCAUUUGGGGACACUAGAUGUUCUAGAUUUCCUUACAUAUCUACCGUUAUUUAUCCUGAUGCAUUCAUCCGUCAUCAGCAAUCCAUUUGAUACAACCAGGGAUAAGUAGCCAUUGAAUACUUUUGUUCAGGAUUAAAAGUUGUUUUAUUGAUAAUGCCAGAAUUAAAAAUGAAGCUUACUGACAUGAAACAUACUAUUUUUUUAAGUUUAGAAAUCAGUUUCAUAUCAAAUCAUCUAAAACAUUAGUAAUCCAGUUGAUACAACCAGAAAAAGGUGGACAUUGACAUUGUGUACUUUUUGUUCAGGAUUAAAAGUUGUUUAAUUGAUAAUGCCAGAAUUAAAAAUGAAGCAUUAAACAUAUUAAUUAUUUUAACUUUAGAAAUCAGUUUCAUAACAACUUUAGAAAUCAGUUUCAUAACAAUUCAUAUAAUGCAUCGUUUUUUUUUUUUAUGUUCCAAAAAUAGUUCCUUGAAGAAAUAUAUUUUUUUAUAAAGUUUCAUGAUUUGUCAAAUCAUAAGCAAUAAUUUCUGAUAAUCAGCUUAUUUGUUAACAAUCACAAAGUUUUGAGAUUUUCCCAAAGAGAGAUUUUAUAAGCUGUGUGCUUUUUACUGUUAAAUGUGCAUAUCUGGUAUUUGAUAAUAAUAUCUAAGUAACUGCUACUAUUUUUUCCAAAUGUAUGGUUAUUAAUUUUAGACUCCAUAAAUAUAAACAUGAAUGUCAUAUAUGCAGAACAUAUCAAAACAUUAAUGUAAUUAUCAUAGAUUGUUAAGAUAUCAAUUAAAUUCAUACAAUAGAGUAAUAAAUUAUUAAAUUAUAUGGAAGAUUAAUUUUAUAAGUUAGAGAAGUGUUCUUGAAAUAUCCAUAGUGCAUAUAGUGAAGUGCAUAUUUGUUUGUAUUUUAUAGUUUUUUAUAUAAAUAAAAGAACACAGAGACCUAACUACUAAGUAGUAUACGGUACUGUAUAACUUGUGGCAAUAAUAGAUAAUAUUUAUGUUAAGUUUAAUGAAGUAAAUCACAUAUUAAGUUGUUUGUCAACAUCCGAGGUUGUUGAUAUAUGAAAUAAUAUCAAUCAAAUGAAAUUUAAUAAUCA